AUGUCUGAAGAACAAAAUCAAAAACCAUCCAUAAAUCCUUUAUUUGCUGCGUUUACUGAAGAUGAGAGAAGCGCUGUCGCGCAAUUAAAGAAUAAAUUAGAUGGGAUAUUGACCCUUGCUGUAGCGCCUGAAGAUUAUUCUCUUUGGGGAAUUCCAUUGGAUAAAGAAUCAUCUGAUGAACGACUAGAAGUUCUCUUGAUAAAGUUUUUAAGAGCGAGAAAUCUUGAUGUCGCGGAAGCUCAAGUGAUGCUGACUAAUACAAUAAAAUGGCGUCUCGAAUUCAAAGUUGACGGUAUACUUGAAGAGAAAUUCGACGAGGCAAUAUUCCCUGGGAGGAUCGGAUUUAUUCAUGGCCUUGACAUUAAAAAUCGUCCAGUCACUUAUAACCUGUACGGCGGUCUCGAUAAUCAAAAAGUAUUUGGGGACGUGGAAAAAUUCUUGCGAUGGCGUGUACAGUUAAUGGAACGUGGAAUCGAAGAACUGGAUUUCGUAAAUGUGGAUCAAAUGAUACAGGUUCAUGAUUACGAAGGGAUCGGGUUGGGAUCGCAUGAUAAAACAACCAAGACUGCAAGUAAAAAGGUCACGCAAGUUAUGCAAGAUAAUUAUCCGGAAUUUUUGGCUGUUAAAUUUUUCGUAAAUGUACCUUGGUGGGGCGACCUUGUAUUUAAGUUUAUUUCGGUCUUUCUUGCCGAACAAACGAAAAAGAAAUUUGUUGUCACUUCAGCGAGUAAUGUCAAAGAACACAUGACAAAAUAUAUCACCGAAGAAGAAUUACCCACCAAAUAUGGUGGGAUAGGUGUUGUUCCUGAAUUGGAAAUCGCAACCUUUAAUGGCGGAGCGGAAGUAGACGAUGGUGCCAAAGAAUCAACGCACUAA